AUGCAGCUCCUCACUUUCUCUUCUCUGCUGGCCUGCUUCUUCUGCCACUUGAGCACGCAGGAGAGAGUCUUUCACGAGAGGGAUCAUUCUGACAUGAAAGUGGCUCCUCAUCAAGCUCCCAUGAUCGACAGCCAGCAAUCUGCCCAGAAAUUCCUUGCCAGGUACGGAUGGAUGAAGCCAAUUGAUUGGGAGGGUCGCUGGCUGUCAGACCCAGCCUAUGAAGAUCCAGCACCCCCAGACCUGAGCAGGCUCAUCCAGGAGGACAUCGAGGUUCCAAACCAAGCGAAACAGCAGGUGGAGAGUCCGGCCUUUACCCGGGCUCUGAAAGCGUUCCAAGGAAUGACAGGGCUGCCCGUCACCGGAAUCCUGGACCCAGCCACAAGAGAGGCCAUGAACAGCCCCCGGUGUGGGGUGCCAGACCACGAGUCGGCCAGGGACACUGAGGGCGAGGGCAACCAGACAGCGCAGGGUCGAAUGGUGAGCCACACCAAGAGGUUCUUACGCCAUCUCUUCUUCCGCGGCCCGAAGGCCCGAGGGAGGAGGAGGGAGGUGGCAGAUGGCAAUGUCUCUGGCCUGGCGUUCCGGAAACGGAGACUGAAGUGGCGCCUGCUGAGCGAGGGUUACAGCACGCAGCUGUCGGUGCUUGAGCAGAGAGCAGCGAUUCGACUGGCUUUCAGGCUGUGGAGCGAGGUCACACCCAUCGACUUUGAGGAGGAUCAGAUGUCCCCUGCCUCACUGCUGGACAUCACGCUCGCGUUUGGAACCGGACGGCACUUGGGCUGCUCGCAAGCGUUUGACGGAGCUGGGCAAGAGGUGGCACACUCCUGGCAGCGUGGAGCCAUUCACUUUGACGACGACGAACAUUUCACAGCAGCGAGUAACAACCAGGGCAUCAGCCUGCUCAGGGUGGCCGUGCAUGAGGUGGGCCACGUCCUGGGGCUGCCGCACACAUACAGCAGGGGGUCAAUUAUGCAGCCCAACUACAGUGCCGUGGGCAAAGGCACUGAGCUCGACUGGACAGACAGGAAGGCCAUUCAGCAACUGUAUGGGGUCUGCGAGGGUCCGUUUGACACCGUGUUUGACUGGGUUCGACGUGAGAGGGGUCAGGAUGGCAAGGUGACGCUGGCUUUCAACACUUACUUCUUCCGAGACAGCUGGUUCUGGAUGUACGAGAACAGGAACAAUCGCACGCGGUAUGGUGACCCGCUGCCCAUCUGCAGUGGUUGGCAUGGCAUUCCCACAGCGAGAAUCGACGCCUUCGUUCACGUCUGUACCUGGCCUAAGGACGCCUCUUACUUCUUCAAAGGCACUCGCUAUUGGAGAUAUGACAAUUUCAAUGACCGUGCAUACCCAGAGGAUUCGCAUGGUGUCAGGUAUCCCAAGCUCAUCUCCAGUGGAUUCCCUGGUAUUUCUGGGCCCAUCAACGCGGCUUUCUUUGACAGACGUGACCAAUGCAUCUACUUCUUCAAAAACAACCAGGUUACAGCAUUCAAUGUCAACACCAACAUGAAGGUACCUGGGUAUCCCAGGAGAAUCACUGAUGCCUUCCCGGCCCUGGUCCCUGGAGAUCACCCAGUGAGCAACCUGGAUGCAGCCUACUAUUCCUACACCCACAGAGCCACCUUCCUGUUCAAAGGUCUUUACUUUUGGCGUGCGGUGAACAGACGUGACAGGCUUAGCAGCCCCAAUCUGCCUUACAAUGGUCUGCAGCCCAAGCGCAAGGUCAGCGAGCAAUGGCUGGACAUCUGCAAUGUGCACCCCUCUGCCAUUGCCUGA